UCUAACCAGGAGCUGGAACACAAAGUCAUCACUCUGAUAAAGAAUGAGCUGAAGAGGUUUAGGAAGCUCCUGAGUCCAGAUUACCCAGCAUGCACUGAGAGGGAGGUGGAGGAUGAGGAGGAUCUGCAGAGUGUCAGAGAGGGAGCGCUAAAGAUCACACUGCGUGUCCUGAAGAACAUGAACCACACAGAUCUCGCUAACACACUGCACAACAAACUCGCCUCUGUGUAUCAGACAGAGCUGAAAUUCAACCUGAGAGAGAAGUUUAAAAGAAUUAAUGAAGGAAUCUCACAGCAUGGAAGCUCAGCACUUCUGAAUGAGAUCUAUACAGAGCUCUACAUCACAGAGGGUUGGAGUGGAGACGUCAAUAAUGAACAUGAGGUGAGACAGAUUGAGACAGCGUCCAGGAGACCAGCAACACAGGAGACACCCAUCAAAUGUAACGAGCUCUUUAAAGACAAGUCCAUCAGAAGAGUGCUGACUAAAGGAGUUGCUGGAAUUGGAAAAACAGUCUCUGUGCAGAAGUUCAUUCUGGACUGGACUGAAGGAAAAGCAAAUCAGGACGUCACCUUCAUGUUUCCACUUCCCUUUCGAGAGCUGAAUCUGAUGAAGCAGAGAAAUCUCAGUCUGAUGGAGCUUCUUCUUCACUUUUUCCCAGAAAUGAGAAAACUAGAAUUACUAGACUCCUACACAGUGGUGUUGAUCUUUGAUGGUCUGGAUGAGUGUCGACUUCCUCUAAAUUUCCAGAAGAAUGAGAGAUUGUGUGAUGUGACAGAGUCAGCCUCGGUGGAUGUGCUGCUGACAAACCUCAUCAAGGGGAAUCUGCUUCCCUCUGCUCUCCUCUGGAUAACCUCUCGACCAGGAGCAGCCAAUCAGAUCCCUCCUGAGUGUGUAGACCAGGUAACAGAGGUACGAGGCUUCAGUGAUCCUCAGAAAGAGGAGUACUUCAUGAAGAGGAUCAGUGAUCAGAGCCUGGCCAAAAAAAUCAUCACACGCAUGAAGUCUUCAAGAAGCCUCUACAUCAUGUGCCACAUCCCAGUCUUCUGCUGGAUCUCAGCCACUGUUCUAGAGAGAAUGUUGGGUGAAGCAGAGAGUGGAGAGGUCCCCAAGACUCUGACUCAAAUGUUCUCACACUUCCUGAUCUUUCAGAUCAAACACAAGGACCAAAAGUACCAUCAGAAAUGUGACCCUGAUCCUCAGCAGACCAGAGAGAGUAUCCUGGCACUGGGGAAACUGGCUUUCCAACAGCUGGAGAAAGGAAACCUGAUCUUCUAUGAGGAAGACCUGAGAGAGUGUGGCAUUGAUGUUGGAGAAGUGGCAGUGUACUCAGGAGUGUGUACCCAAAUCUUCAGAGAGGAGUUUGGGCUUCACCUGGGGAAGGUGUUCAGCUUUGUACAUCUGAGUGUUCAGGAGUUUCUGGCUGCUUUAUACACAUUUCUGUGCUUCAUCAGCAGAAGUGUAACAGAACAACAAACCACUGAUCUGUCUGAUCUUUUCAGAAAGUCAAACAUGUCUGAUUUCCUCAGGAGUGCAGUGGACAAGGCCUUACAGAGUGAGAAUGGACACCUGGACCUGUUCCUCCGCUUCCUUCUGGGUCUCUCCCUGGAGUCCAAUCAGGCUCUCUUACGAGGCUUAAUGCCACAGACAGGAAGCAGCUCUCACAGCAAACAGGAAACAGUCGAGUACAUCAAGGAGAAGAUCAGGAACAAUCCAUCUCCAGAGAAAUCCAUCAAUCUGUUCCACUGUCUGAAUGAACUGAAUGAUCAUUCUCUAGUGCAGGAAGUACAGACUUACCUGAACAGAGGAGGUUACAAUCGUCUCAGUGGAACCAGACUCUCUCCUGCUCAGUGGUCAGCUCUGGUGUUUGUGUUACUGAACUCAGAUCAGGAGCUGGAUGAGUUUAAUUUGAGGAAAUAUGACCCAUCAGAGGAAUGUCUUCUGAAGCUGCUGUCAGUGGUCAAAGCCUCCAGAAAAGCUGAGCUAUGGGGGUGUACACUGUCAGAGGAAAGCUGUAGAAUUCUGUCCUCAGUUCUCAGCUCAAACUCCUCCAGACUGAGAGAACUGGACCUGAGUCACAAUAAACUGCAGAAUUCAGGAGUGAAGCUGCUGUCUGCUGGACUGGAGAAUCCACUCUGUACACUGGAGACACUGAGGCUGCGGGAGUGUAAUCUGACAGAGGAAAGCUGUAGAGUUCUGUCUUCAGUUCUCAGCUCAAACUCCUCCAGACUGAGAGAACUGAACCUGAGUAAGAAUAACCUGCAGGAUUCAGGAGUGAAGCUGCUCUCUGCUGGACUGGAGAAUCCACACUGUACACUGGAGACACUGAGGCUGUGGGAAUGUAAUCUGACAGAGGAAAGCUGUAGAGUUCUGUCCUCAGUUCUCAGCUCAAACUCCUCCAGACUGAGAAAAUUGGACCUGAGUUACAAUAAAUUGCAGGAUUCAGGAGUAAAGCUGCUCUCUGCUGGACUGGAGAAUCCACACUGUACACUGGAGACACUGAGUCUGUGGGCGUGUAAUCUGACAGAGGAAAGCUGUAGAGUUCUGUCCUCAGUUCUCUGCUCAAACUCCUCCAGACUGAGAGAACUGGACCUGAGACACAAUAACCUGCAGAAUUCAGGAGUGAAGCUGCUCUCUGUUGGACUGGAGAAUCCACACUGUACACUGGAGAUACUGAGGAUGAAUUACUGCAGGAUUACAGAUGAAGGUUUUGCUGCUCUGGCUUCAGCUCUGAGGUCAAACUCCUCAUCACACCUGAGAGAACUGGAUCUGAAGCGUAAUAAUCCAGGAGAAUCAGGAGUGAAGCUGCUCUUUGAUCUACUGAAGGAUCCACACUGUAAACUGGAGAGAGUAUACAUUAAGAAUUAAGAAACAUACCAGGACCGACAGGAGUCUCACCUCAAACCUCUUCUCCAGGAUAAAGCAGUUUUGGUGAAGAGUUAGAACCCGUCCCACAUUUCCAGCAGUUUGGGAGCUGAAUCUUAAAGGGACAGAGCAGAUACAAAUUCAAAAACAGGCAGAAGGUCAUACACAGGAGAAAUCAAUACACGUAACGAAAUAUCUGCUGUACAAAGCAGCAGCAAUGAUCUGCCCCGGGGAUGGAGACUGACGAGGCUUAAGUACACGUCUGGAAAUGUACAGCCGAUUAAUCCCAAAGCACGAGGCAGGAGCAGACAUGGUAAUGGUAAAUGGUCUGCACUUAUAUAGCGCUUUUUUAACCUUAGUGGUUCCAAAGCACUUUACACUGUUUCACAUUCAUGAAGCUUGUGCCAAAGAGUAGAUGUGAAAAUACAGUGGAAAAUUUCCUUUGCAACAUGCCAACCUUUGCUGUGUCACAGUGUCUUGGUCAACCCAGGAGAUGAUUCAGAAAAGUGCCUAUGCAACAGUGUAUGUUCAGCAUGCAUGGAGGCACUGGUCCUGUACAUAGUGUUACAUGAAAUAACAGAAAUAACACAAAUCAAUACCCUCAUGUGCAUCUCUCUAAUGGCCUGAUGGUGUUCAUGUCAAUUCUUUCAGCUGGGACCUUGAAUAGAGGUAAUGGGCACAAUGGUGCUAUUGGGAUGGCCAGUGGAUUUGCAACUGAAAUUAGUACCCUGUAACAAUUGCUUCCACAGCUCCUUUUUGAUGCACCAGUCGACUUAACACUACCACUAACUAACUACCACUACUAACAUUUGAAUGAAUGCCUUUUUAUUGUCACUAUACAUAUGUACAAUGAAAUUAAGAGCCACUCCUUUUUGUUCAUGCAAACAUAUACAUUCAAUACACAAGAAGAAUAAACAGAUAAUACACAGAUAAAUAAACAAGAUAAAUAAACAAUAAAUAAACAAGAUAUACAAUAUAUGCAAGAUAGAUAUGCAAGAUAGAUAGAUAGAUAUUGGGGUGGAUGGGGGAGGUACUAUGAAAUGCACAGUUUUGAGACAAUAUAUACAUAUGCUGUGGACUCAGUACAUGUGUUUGUUUAUCAUGGUAAUAGCUUUCGGGAAGAAACUAUUCUUAAAUGUACUAGUCCUUGUUUUGAUGCACCUGUAACGUCUCCCUGAGGGCAACAGAUUGAACAGAUCAAAGCCAGGGAGAGAACUGUCCUUAAUGAUAGUUUUUCCUCUGCUGAGGCAACGGGAAGUGUAAAUAUCCAUCAGGGAGGGGAGAGGGCAGCCAAUGAUCUUCUGUGCUGCUCUUACUACCCUCUGAAGCCUCUCCCUGUCUGCUGCGGUGCAGCUACCGUACCACACCGUGAUAAAGUAUGUCAGCAAGCUCUCGACGGACGAGCG